AUGCCCAAAUUCUACGACUCGAUCCCUCCCAACCUGAUUGAUUGGGCUUUGCGCCAAUCCAUGUUCUUCGUGGCCUCUGCGCCUCUCACGGGCUGCCACAUCAAUCUAUCGCCGAAGGGCAUGCUGGACUCCUCGCUAGCCAUCCUGGGCGGCAACGAAGCAGCGUACGUCGACAUCACAGGCUCAGGCUGCGAGACGAUCAGUCACGUCCGCGAAAACGGGCGCGUCACGAUCAUGUUCUGCUCGUUCGAUGCGGCGCCGCUCAUCCUGCGUUGGUUCUGUCAGGGCAGUGUUAUCGAGUGGCACGAACCCGAGUUUAGCCGGUGUUUGGCUCGCAUGGGAGCCGGCAAGGGGGUUGUCGGGGCGAGGGCCAUUAUUCGGUUGGAUAUAUUCAAGGUUCAAACCUCAUGCGGAUACGCAGUCCCGCUUCUUGCCCUGACGACAGAAGAUGGCAGCAGCAAUGGCAACGGUGAUGAACCCAAGCCAAAACCCCAUCUCAAAACGCGGCGGACCCUGCAGAACUCCAUACGCAAGAAAGCCGAGCAGGGGCAACUGCAAGCGUACCAUGAACAAUGGAACCAGAAAAGCCUCGACGGGCUGCCGGGUCUUCAGUCGGCGCAGACGCACAAAUCCAAUACCAAGCUUAUCUGGUUGGGCCGAUUAGGGGAUGUGAUCCGUGGCCACCGGGGGAUAAUCGAGAUGAUCGUCCUUGGCCUUGCGGUUCUCUGGGGAGUGAUGUGUUAG